AUGGGGGUUGAUGAAGUGUUAUCUGGACCACGAACGCAGCUCCUUCGACUGGCUAUUUUACCUCUGGCCGUUUGGUCAACCCUUAGUGCCGCCUAUACCUAUGAGUGGACGAAUCCGGUGUAUAAUGUUUAUAACUUUGCUUCGGGUCUGUGGGGGAUGUUUGCUCUGUUGAAGGCCGUAGAGUUUGCGCUUACUCCUCAUGGACGAUUGAAAGUUGGAGAGAUGAAGCCCGGGCCAAUCAAGUCUCCGGCGAGCAACAAGUACAUUGCUAACUUUACCAAGACACAAUCCAUAUCCAGAAGUUUGUCUGCGCUCUAUAUCGGAUUCUUGGAUGCUUGCGAGCUAUUGAGCAGCAUGCGUGGUGUUGGUUGGGACUAUGGAACUGGAAAUGAUAUUUAUAUACCUCUUGAACAUCGAUCAUCAGAGAAAACCGGUUUCUUGAAAUCGACAUUGUGGAGCACACUGGGCUACUAUUUGUUACUUGACAUGAUCGACACUGGCUUCAAACUGGUGCCUGGGGUCUCUUCGCCCUCUGGUGGCUCUAUCUUCCGCCCAGAGUUAUCCCUCAUCCCUCGUCUAGUUGUAUCCACCGGCCUGCACUUUGCCACUGGUGUAGCAUUUAUCGCAGGAUUUAAUAUGUUUUACGGCCUUUUGACAUUGAUUGCCGUUUCAUGGUGGCAGCCUCCAUCUGCAUGGCCUCCAGUCACGGAAAACCCAUGGGCAACAACUUCGCUCCAUGACUUUUGGGGAAAGCGUUGGCACCAGCUAUUACGCCAGGCAUUUUUUGUUGGCGGUGGCUACCCGCUUGCAUUUCUUGGCAAAACUAUUUUUGGUGUACUUUUUGGUGAACGGGUUGGGCGUACGGCCGCGCUUUGGGGCUUGCUUUUGGGCACGUUCACCGCUAGUGGACUAUUUCAUAUGUUUGCAAUGUAUGCGAUGGGGCAAGGGAUCGAGUGGAAGGUUGUUGGAUUCUUUUCUGCCCAGGCUAUUGCGCUAAUCUUGGAGCGCGCCUGGAGAACCGCUACCGGCCGGAGGGUAGAGGGGUGGUGGGGCCGCGCUUGGUCUUAUCUCUGGAUUGUCGGAGGCGGCCAGUGGUGUGUGGACGCUUGGCAUCGUAGAGGCCUUGGAGGCGGCAUGGUUAUACCUCCAUCUCUUUCUGUCACUCGUCUGAUUAUUCUACCAUUAGUACUCAAGUUUUUUGAAUCAUGA